UAAAAUGGCGGCCUCUUAUGGGUCGGGCUUGCAAAGCCCACCUCCAAUAGGAAGGCCUGUUGAUCGGGUAUUUGAAGAAGCCCAAUUUACUGGAGAGAUUUAUCUAAAUGGACGAAAAUUGAGAGAUUAUCCUAAGCUAUGUAGUAAAUACGAUUUGAGUGAUACAAUACUUGUGGACAUUUCAAGAAACCGAUUGACAGAACUUCCCCAUGAAGUGUGUGAAUAUUUGUUUGUUGAAAGAAUCAACUGUUACCAUAAUGUCAUCCGCUCCAUUCCUGAUGCUAUUUCACAACUACAGACUCUUACACAUUUAAAUCUCAGUCGUAACCAGCUGACUGUUCUACCUACUGCCUUAUGCUUGCUGAGUGCUCUUGAAGUACUGUCAGCAAGUAACAACAAGCUCGUCUCUCUGCCUGAGGAGAUUGGGAAGCUUGAGAAUCUCAUGGACCUGGAUGUCAGCUGCAAUGAAAUUUCUCAUUUACCCUUACAAAUAGGAGACUUGGUAUCCUUGCGAUGUCUCAACUUGCGACGCAACUUUCUUGUUGAAUUACCUUUUGAAAUCAGUCGACUACAGUUGUUUCGACUGGAUUUCUCUAGUAACAGAAUUGAAAGAAUUCCUACUGUCUUUCGUAAAAUGGAAACCUUGGAACAAUUUAUUUUGGACCACAACCCAUUAUCAUCACCUCCAGCCUAUAUAUGCACAAAAGGAAGGCAGCACAUUAUGAAAUACCUCCAUACAGAAGCUAUUAAAGAGGAUAGAAAGAGGGGUAUAAUAAUGAACAGUGAUAAUGAUAUGAAGCGAUUUUCAAGGAAGUCAUUACCACCACAACAAUCAUCAGAAGAGUUCCGAACCAUGCUGGGUGCUCCUGAAUCCAAAUGGAAAAGGCACACAGUCCUCAGCAAUGAUUCAGGCUACAGCACAUGUGAUGGAGCAGAAAGGAAUGGGUGGCAAAGUGGAGAGGUUUUUCCUUUGCAUGACGAGAGCAAUCGUGGACGAGGGGACAGUGAGGGCCAACAAGCACCAGCUCAGAGUUUCCCUUACAAUCAGCAGCAGCAGCAACAUCUUCAUUAUCAUCACCUGCAGGGCUACAGCAAUAACGCAUCUAACGGCCUCCGGGGUGCUUUACACCCGCACGAGUUUCGUAAUCAGGAACCUGUUCGGUACGGACGCAUGUCACCUGUGGCAUCUCAUUUGAGUCAGCGGGGCCAUUCGCAAGAGACCUCGAGCCACCCACUCCACCGUCCCCCGCCACACCCACACGCCCACAUACCUACAUCAUCCAGCUACUCCACUCACACCUCCAACAUGUACCCUCCAUCACCGAGCUUACCAUUCCGCAGCAGACCUGGUGCACCCAGUCCGUCUUUUACCAGCCAGAAUAACAACAAUCAAAACGCAUUACACAAUCGAUCAUUUAGCCCUCAGCCUUCAGAAUCCGGCAGCAUGCAGAUGCGUCCUAGAAGCUCUUCUGACUACCCUACGAGACAAAAUUCACAGUCUGAGAGUAUAAGUUCAGAACAUUCCACCUACCACUCUACUCGAGUGGCCUAUGAAGCAGACAAUCAUGCAAAUCAUUUGUAUCGCACACCGUCAAACUCGUCUAGUCUUAAAAGUGCUUCGCACUACAGCACUAGUUCUUUUCGCCCACCAAGUGAGUCAGAGCAUGAAGGGGAGACUAGCCCUCCUCUUACUCCACCAACGCCACCUAUAAUUAUGACAGGUGAUAUGGAGGACGAGUUUACUAGGGAGCUUAAGAGACAGAAAGCUGAGUAUGAGAGGAAGAAAAAACACGCAGAACAAGUGAGAGUGAAGCAUUUAGAAGAGGAGGAGGAGAGGGAGAAGGAGGAGAGGAGGCGAGCAGCAUUGAAGUUGUUAGAGGAACAAAAGCUUUUAAAGGAGAGAAUGGAGGAGCAGCGGAGGCAGGAGGAAGCUCUUUUACAAGAGGAGAGACUCCGGCUAGAGGAGGAGAAUCGGAGGAGAGAGGAAGAAGAAGAGGCAGCCAGACAGGGAGAAUUACUGCGACUACAAGAAAGUGUUCGCAACCAAAACACAGAGGACAACAAGCUGAGGCAACUCAAUGAAAUCCAGAAACCCACAGAAUCAAAACCUGCAGACAGAAAUAAAAUCACCAACAAAAGAAAUGUGUCGAAGUUUGGCUAUUACAGCUACACCCAGCCCAACUCCCACCCUCGCCCACCCCCAACACACUCAUCCUCCCUCCAUCAGCCACCACAACCACCCACAUCUCUGCCCCUGCAUGGCUUAUCAGCGCCCCUGAGCCCCUCCCAGACAUCGUCAUCUACAUACCCAAUGCCACAGCAGACGCAGCACCAAAGGACAGAUAGUAACUACAUCCUAACUGAAAAUGAGUAUAGAAAUGCUCUCAGCUCCCAAAGCUUCAAAGAGCAGCGAAGGCUUGCCACCAGUAACCAGUAUCGACGUGCCGCGUCUGAUACCCUCAAGAAGCCCGGCCAGCCAUCGCCUAACUCGCAACACGUGGACACCCUUAACUAUAUCAACAGAAAUGGUGUCUCUGAGAACUCAAGACAGUCCAGCACCUCCACGACCCCCUCUGUCUCGCCCAGCCCAAGCCCUCGCAAUUCUGUAUCUCAGCUUGCUAAGCCCACCAGCCCCAGUGGCUCCAUGUCUCAGCUGGCCAAGCCCAGCAGCCCCAUGGGCUCCAUGUCCCAGUUAGCUAAGCCCACAGGAAACAAAUCUUCCGUGCCUCGGGCCAAUGGCCCGGCCACUGCCGGCCAGAACCAGGCGGUCAGGAGGACAAAGAUAGCUGGGGACAGUUCAAAUGCAUCUAGUCCAACAACCGCACGCUCAGCUAGAACAGCCGGUUCAAGCAACUUAAGGCCACAGGGAACGACGACCUUGAACCCUGCAGCAAGCAACAUCAGACGCAGUAGCAACAGUAGCACUACAGAUGAUGAUUCCAAACCAAAGAAAGGGCCAACAACUCCAACCACAGAAACCUCUCGCAUUAAGUCUAGACUGGAGGAACCAAAACAGAGAGGCUCCAUACCAAACACAGCACUGAAGAAACCAGGAGUGCCUGAGAGUGUUGAUACAAACAGACGAAUCCAAACCAGACCCCCCACCAACAACUUCGGCUCUGGGAGAGGACGUGUGGGUCCAAAAACAAUAGAGGAUCCUGGUGUGGUGAGGAGAAGAGAGGAAAUGCAUAGAGAGGAAGCUGAACAGAUGGACAGAUUAAGACAAACUAUAGAGACAAGGCUUCGAGUGACACUGCCAGACAAUUUGGCAGAGGCACUCAGAGAUGGAGUGGUCCUUUGUCAUCUGGCCAACCAGAUACGUCCUAGAUCUGUAGGAAGUAUCCAUGUACCCUCUCCUGCUGUUCCUAAACUGACACUAGCCAAAUGUAGAAGAAAUGUAGACAAUUUCUUGGAUGCUUGUAAGAAGAUAGGAGUCGAUCAGGAGCAGAUCUGUGUGCCUCAUGAUAUCUUUGACGAGAAAGGAAUCUCAAGAGUGGCCAUUACAGUAGCUGCCCUUGUUGCUAUAGGAACCAACCCUAAACAGUCUGCAGUAUGACAGUUGUGUGAGCUGUUGAGAGCAGUUGCCUGCCUCUUGAUCAUGUUAGUGUUGCUGGUGACAGCUACCGAAUUGAUGGGACUUCCAGUCUAUCCAUAUCGUUGAUUUUAUUAUUUCAGUCAUCAUUCUAGUUCAUUUUUAUUUCCUGUUUGGUUAAGUUCCUAACAAUUGCAAUCAGUUGAAGCUGAUUUUUGUUACCGUUGAUGUGAAUUUUAGUUGGUUCAUUUCAUCCAUCCUAGGUCACAUAGACAGUUUUUUUUAACUGUGUAUAAUAGAAGUUAACAUAACGUUCAUUUUUUAAAUUGUGUAAAAUAGCAAUGGACGUAACUUUAAAAGACGCUAUGAAAGCCCAACUGUAUGUUUUUUUGUCUUUUUAAAAUCCACAUACCCACUACUCACUCACAGGGUUAAACAUUUGUAGGUAUUUUACUAGCAUGCAAUUCAAGGCUGUGAAUGAGAAGUGAUGUUUUUAAAUAUGACAUUUGUUUUAUUUUAGCAAAGAGAGAGGUGAAAACACUUAUCUAUGAUCACAUGAUUUUGUUACAUUUCACCAUAUUAAAUGCUUGACAGAUCCUCAUUUUGCCAAUACAACACUGUUCAUAUGCUGCCUAUGUUGUAUCUCUAUCACUUAUUGAACUGCCUUUAUAGAGAUGAGUCAGCCCUUAUCAAACAAGAGAAAUGGAUGAUUGAUUGUGUUGAAUUAUGUACACAAGUUGUGUGACAAAAUCACGUUUUUUUUUAAUCUAAUAACUACAACAAAUCCGAUUGGCUGUGCACAUUUAAAGGACCACUGUAUAUAUGUUGAUUUUAGUCAAUAAAUAUAUAAAAAUUAUUUUUUGUUUUGUAGAAAUCAGAUUUCUAUAUUUUAUUGAUUGACAACAAAAAAAUCUUUUGUAAAAUAAAAUUUGAUGCUUCUCUUUAGUCAUUGUGAAGAAACCAGACUUUUUUUUUAUUAGAAUAAGAAAGUGUUCACUUUUUAAUACUAGAUUUAGUUGACUUCUAAUUUUACAGUAUGUAAUUUGUCGAAUGUUUGUUUGAUUGACUGUUAGAAGUUUAGUUUGAAAGUUAAUUGUAAUUGCUCAACUAAAGAUGUGGCUGGUUUUCUAAUAGAUUGUUUACUGUAGUAUUGGCUAGGGAGAAAGUGAUUUUUUUUUAAAAGUAAAAUAUUGUACAACUGAGUAAGUUGCUUGUUAUUUUAUUUUUUUAUUGUCUGUCAUGAUUAACUUGGUUACCCACUAAAGCAAUAAUUUUUGACGAUCGAGUUUUUCAUUUUUUUUAUAAACAAUUAGGUCUGCACUGCAUUUAUUAGCCAAUGUUUGAAAUACUUGUCAUGGCACUUGUAUAUAAAUCAGCAGUUUAAAAAUGUAACGUACUUGACUCUAACACCUUAUGGUUGUUUUAGUACAACAUAUUGAGUGAGUUAGCCAGCCACAUAAUGGUUACUUGACCAAAUAACACAUUGUUCAAAUUAAAAUAUUUGCAGAGGAAAAACAAACUUACAUUUCCAAGUAUUACAUCCAUGAGGCAAAUACUUUUUUUUUACUUUUUCCAAGCAUAAUUACCAUAUAACAAUAUUAAUUCUACACUUUUUUUUAACAUUUUAAACUAGUAUCACCGUUUGAGUAUAUUUGUAAAUAUUGUUUAGAGAUUGAAUAUGUGAGAGGCAGAGAAACCAAUGACUAACAAGUUACAAUGUUUUAAAGCUACUGACACUUCUGACUGUCGUCAUUUGUUUAAAAAAAAUAUCCAUCUCUUAAGGCAAAAACUGUAAAUGUUUCUUUAAUUUAUAAUGUGUAUUUAUUUCAACCAGCAUGCCAUGCACACUCAUAACAAAUUUAAUUAAAUUUUUUUUUUACCCUGUCCAUUGAGUAGGUGGGGUUUAUUUAUUAUUAUUUUUGUCUGAAUAGAUGGGUGAUUUAUUCUUUCAUGUUGUCGUAUCAUUACUGCUGAGCAUUUUUAUGUACAGUGAUUGAAUAUCCAGGGCUACUAUACAAUCCAUCCAAACUUAUCCACUAGGAUUAGAUUCGGUUUGAUAUUUCACAGGGUGUUACGUUUUUUGAAAAGACUUUUUAUCUUAGUUUUUUUAAGAAACUCCUAAGAAAUAUUUGCUAAGUGAUUGUUUAGUUAUCAACCUAAAACAGUUUACUUCAAAUAACGUGUUCAAAUUAUCUUCAACAAACAUCUUUAAGUGGGAAGUUUUUGUUUUUAUAGAUAUUUAAAAUUAACAUUAGCUAUUUUUAAGUGUAGACUUUUUGUCUAUUUGGCCAUAUUCUGUUGACAUAUCAUUCAUUCAUAGUUUGUUUAUAUUUUUAGUUCUGUUCUAAAUAUAGAAAACAAGGGAAGUCACUUCGCCUAAUGAAAGAUCUCAACAGCUCAAAGAAAACAAAAUCUCUAUUUUCUAUAAGCUAAACUAAUUCACACUGUGGCUGUCUUAGUUUAACUCUGGAAAUAGAUGUAUCAUAAAUUAAAGAGUUAAAUUCUGACUCGUAUAUUUGUAAAAGAUACAUAUUAUAACGUGUGCACCUGUUGGCUUUUAUCACACAAGAUUUACACCUGAGGAGGAUUUUUUUAAUGUGUUUAAUCAAUCAUGUUGUAAUGAUAAAUUACACAGCUAAUAACAAUUAAAAAAAUGGUGUAAAUCUGUGUUGAUGAGGGUCAGAGUUAUCUCCUCUUGUACACUUGCUUCCCCUUUUUUAGACUGCUGUGGAGAGUCAUUCAAUGAACAUUUGAGAAGCAGCUGUAGCUUUGGUUUGUGUUUCUUACAUCUACACAUUUUGAUUCAAACUUUACCUGUAAAGUUGAGAUAGAUCAGGAUUUAGCUAAAAUGGAAUUGGUGGUUGGUUGAAAAGAAUUCACAGACUACUCUUGGCUAGUCUCAGUAAGGAUGUCUUCUGCAAGAAUUUAAAUAUGGCUAGAGAUACAUUGACUUAACUACCAAUCAAUAAGCCUUACGUCUCUAGCAACUACAAACCCCAUGUUCAAAUAAGAAUCUUUCGUGUAGUCUGUGAACAAAACAAAGCUCUAGGUGCUGAUCUUCAGCAAAUGUUGAUUCAAUGAAUCGCUUGUAGUUAUUGAGUAGUGGCUUCUUUUUUUUUGUUUUCGCUAAUAUUAAGCUGCAUAUUCACGAUGUACAAAGACUUACCCAGUUUGUCCCCUGCUCACCCUAUAACUAUGCUGAUAUCCACAUUACAAAUUAGCCACUUUAUUUUUAAAAAACCCACCCUGUUUUUGCUUUUCAUUCAUCUGUUUUGUAGGACUAACUAGUGUAACUUUUCUGUCCAUGAAAAUCUUGCUCAGCUGUUUAAGCAUUACAGAUAAACUUGAUAUUUUUCCACAUCGGGCUUUUAGUCCUUGGAAAUUGAAAGUCAAUUUUUUUUUCACAAAGGGCUUUUGAUCCAUGAAAGUUUGAAGAUAUAUUUUUUUACUCAUGGCUUUUAGUCCUAAAUAGUAAAGUUGAUAUAUUUUUACCUAGUGCUUCACUCAGGUUUAUUAAAGUCUCUGGAAUGUUGACUAAUGAUAUAAAAACCGCUCUUCAUUACUAUUUUUUCAACAAAAGCAGUCAAACAUUUAUCUGCUGUAUAUACUUUUCCAAAUGCAGAACACACACACACCCCUUUAGCUUUAUGAAGGAACAUUUUUUUUUACAGUUCAUAUUGAGAUUUUAUUGUCCAUCUUGGAAGUGUAGCAAAUCUGACAAUUUAGCUACUGAAUGCACCCAAAUAAAAUUGUUUCAAAAUAUCUGGCUCGUAAGCCAACACCCAUAAAUAUUUCCCACAAAACAGUAGCUUUGAACCACAAUUUAUAGUGUAAUUAAUUAAAGGUAUUUACAUUUUUUUAAAUGUAGCUAUAAAAAAAGCAAUUUAAAAAGUAGCUCUUAUGUAACUGAAACAAAAGACCUUAAGAAAGAUUUUAAUAUAGUUUUCUACAUAGUUAUCAGCUGUAAUGAUUUUUUAUAUCUUGGUUUUUAAAUAAUCUAAUGUUGGAAUCCCUGUCCACAGGUUCAGACCAGUUAGUUGCAUGCCGUGUAAGUCUAAGACAGUCUUUAUUUUUGUAACAUGACCUUUGACCCAUGUGCAGUAUUAAAGCAUUGGUGUAUAGAAGUGUGCCAUUUUGAACUGAGUUUUGUAUUAUAGUUUUUUUUUUUGUUUUUUGUACAUUUAUAGCCAACCUGUCUGUAUUUGUAAUGAUAUAUGACUAUAAUUUAUUACUUAACCAUGCAAUGUUUGACAAUGCUUGAUUUUUAUCUUUUUUUAACAUGACUAUUGAGGUUUGUUUCGUAAGAUUUGUUCUGGCUAUCUCCUGACACUUGUCAAAUAAAACUUUCAAGGCAACCACCCCCUUUUAUUUAAAGUCUUACAGUAGUAGAUUUGAACAACUAGAUGUAGAAUUACCUUCCAGUUGUAUUGGUAUUGGUGAGAGCAAGGUGGAGAUUUGGGGAGGGGGAGGGGUUGAACCUGUUCCAUCAGGUGAGACUUAGUGAUGUCUAACCAACAACCACCUGGUUCCCACAUGACCAAGUUACCUGCACUUCUUAUCUACCUUUGUAAGUCAAUAUCUUGUUUCUGACUCUGACUUGUUUCAAGAUCACGUAAUGAAAUCUCUGUAAUGUAUGUAAAAAUGUGUAUGCAUUGUAAACUAUUCAUAUCAUCUGUGUGCCAAGUAGGUGCCAUUGUGUAGAUAACUUCAUUAGGUCUUCAUUAGUCUAAUCCAUUAUCUUUUGCUAAAAAAAAUAUGAAUACAUUUUUACACUAAAUUUUAAAACGGAAUGAUUGUAACAGCCUUAAUAUGAGCUGUUGAGUUGUUUUUUAAACUUUGUUGCUGGAGAGCUAGACUGUCAAAGCAGCUCAUGUAGGUCCUGAUCACCUCUGACUUGUCCAACUAAAUGUAUCUGGGUAGGUCAUUUUUGUUCUAUGCAUUUUGUCAAGUUUCUUGCCUGAUUCUUGUGUUUCAAAGAAAGGAAAUAGUUCCCAAUGCAAAAAAAAGUUCUGCUACUACUGAACAAGUUCUGUUACUAAUGAACAAUAAAAAGGAAACUUCUGUUCCUAAUAAAUAAAUUGUUACCAAUAUUUAAAAAAUUAUGUUCCUAAUGCAAAAAAAUACUUUUACUGUUUUUAUUUUUAAAAAAUUCCAAAAUGGAAAAACAAGUUCUACUUGCAUUUAAUUUAAGAAUUUGUUUGUUACUCUUAUGAAAAACAAUUUCAUAAAAGAAGGUCAUGCAGCUCAUUGUGUUCCCAGUUCUCUAUAUCAGAUAUUAAUUCAAACAUGUCCCUUCAGCUUUCUCUACCCUUCUGCCUCUAGUGGUGGGGAAAAAACUUCUGCAAUAAAUGAAGUCAGUUUUUAUAUGCAAUUUAUGCAACAUUUUUCUUGAGUUGGAUGGGUUUAUGCCUCUGUUUAUGCUUGGUUGGAAGUACAUAACUUUUUUUUUAGUCCACACAUUGAUAGUCAAUGUUAUGUUUCUUAAAUCCUCCGCUUGACACCUUCAUUUUUUAAUCAAAUACAGCUUUUUAUUCACCACUUUCUCAUAGCCUGAAUUUUGUAAGUCAUUCACUUAUUAACUAUAGCAUUUUUUUUUAAAGAUCUUAAACAUUUGUUUUUCAAUUCGUACAUAUUUCAAGUGUUACAUAGUGUAUAGUUACAAAUACAGCCAUUAUAGGUAUGAUCACAACUCUUUAACCCACCCAUAGCUACAAUGUUAUUGUAUUCAAUUAAAGGUAAUCAUUUUAUAUACAAGUAAUCAAAUAUUUGUUCCCUCAUUCCAACUGAUAUUAUACAUUACAUGAAGUUUAAUUACAUUAAUUAAUCGAACAAUCCUAAUUUACCAGCUGAGAAUCCAUGACAAGCAAAUUGAGUAUCAAUGUUAAUAUAGUAAUUGUUUUAAUUUUAAAGAUCUCAUCUCAUUAUCCAUGUUAAAUUUCACAUUCAAACAAAUUGUGUUAUAGGUUAUAUUGUUGGUAAAAUUGGUGUAAAAGCUAGUGACUAUUUUCAACAGGUCAUCACUGAUAAGUUACGUGUGUCAACAGUUGUUGUUUUGCUUUAAACCAGCUCUGUGAAUACAAUAUUGUUACCCCUAUUGAUUCACUUAAACUGUUUUGUGAAAAAAACUAAUGUUUAAUUUGUAGACUUCAAUUUAUGAAAUAUUUUUUUAAUGUAAAUAAUUAAUUUUUUUUCAAAAACACUUUCACUAAAAAUUUAAUUUACAGGUUUUUUCUUGAUAAAUACCCUUUAUAUGAAUCCCAUUUAAAGCUAGUCUACAUAUUCAAUUAACAUUUCUCAAUUAUCCAGACAAUAGCUGAAUUGGCUAAUAUAACAUUUCAGUCAUGUAGAAAACAAUUUGUUCAUUUUUCUAUGCUACACUCAUUAAUUCCCUGCCACACUUAUAAAUUUCACCAGUGACAUCCAUCUACCUAACAUAUCCACAUUUUAACCACCACAUCCACAUAGUACCCACCACAUCUAUAAUCACUUGCCACGUCUAUGGUUCACCAGCCGUGAAGAAAAUACUGCAUUUACUAGCCACCCAUACCUAAUAGAAUCUUCAGUAUUCCCUAGGUGUUCAGUUAUGUUCCAAUCAAUUGUUACUUUACACUCAGAUAUUUCACACAAUGUUUAUAGUCUGGUAGUGUUGGGGGACUUUGUUUGGCUCAGUUUUAGCUGUGUCAAAUUUAUUUAUAUACAAAACAAUUUGGUUUCUUACAAUGUGUUGAGUAACUGCGCUUGUAAAUCAUUUUUCUUUGUUUGCCAUCCAUUAAAAAACAUUGAACAACUUAA